AUGAAUAAAAUUAGCGGCUUAAAAAACUCUUUUAGUGCUUUUUCGCUAGAAGAAAAACUACAAAUUAAAGAAUUAGGCCGGCCAAUUCUCGAUUUAAAAAUUGAAAAACAAAGUGGAAGUGACAAGACUUGGUCAAAAAAAGGCACAGACGAUCUUGUCCAUAUAUGGGAUAAAAUAAAAUCCCAAGUACAUAUGAAUAAUGUUUUAGCUUGUCCAUGCUUGUUAGCUUUAAGGGGUCACGAUGAGAAAGAUAAUUCGGAAAAUAGAGGCAUAUUUAAGGAGCUGGUGAAUUUUAGCGCCGAAUUAGACAACGACUUAAAGGUUCAUAUUCAAAAUUCAAAAGCUUUCAAAGGUACCACGAAAACAAUCCAAAAUGAACUUCUUGAGUGCGUGUUAGAUGUUUAUCACGAAGAAGUUAGGAAAGAAAUAGAAAAUUCUUCUUUUGUUGCAGUGAUUGCCGUUGAAACGACGGAGGUUGCUUUUAAGUAUUUAAUAAUGCCUCAAGUGGUAAUUAUUUUUAACCAAUUACAAAAAGUAUGCACAGAUUUUGUUAAGGUCAAGAAAGAUUUGGAGAAUUUCGAAGAAGCAAUUCAAGGUAUACGGGAGCAAAUGAACAGCAUUAUUGACAAUAUUCAAGGAGAAAUAAACACGUCGAAAAGAGAAACUGGUGAACCAAUAAGAAAAAAGGCACGAAUUGAAGAAAACAGUAAAAAACGCGAAGCCUUAGAAAUAUGCGAUGCCGAAACUCUUAAACUUUUAGGUAUUUUAAUAACAAUACCUAUGUCAACAUCUGAAGCAGAGCGUUGUUUUUAA